AAACAUUUUAUAUUUCAUUACAAAAAAUCCUCACAAUUACUACAAAAUUGCAUCUACUAAAAAAUAUCUACCAAAAAUGACUCAAAAUUUUACUCACGAUCCAUAAAAGUUGACUCACCUCACAAAUCAAAUAAGAAUCCAAUUUAUAUCAACUUGAAACUCAGUAAACAAUAAGUUUGUUCUCACUACAUUAUCACUCAAAGUGCACUAACAUUAUAAACAAAACAAGCUGCAUUACGAUCAGAAACUGCAUCUUAAACAACGUCAAAACAACCGCCAUUUAAUCAAAUUAAAAAAUAUAUAUAUGUCUAGUCUUUUCCCUAAACUAAAAAUAUUUUUACACCAGUUACAUAUCGACUUAGCGUGCAAAGCUCCGAAUAAUAAAGUGAUAUAAAUGUGGUGACACAAAAGUGGUGAUAUGAAGUGGAAAAGACAGACCCUGGUCUCCGGGGAGACUUCCGAAGAUGAGAUCGGACAUAGCUACUUGAGCACUUUGAUGUAUGGUCGCUAUCAACGCGACCUAAGCGAAGCGGCCAGAGAAGAAGCGAGAAGACUCAGAAGGCUACGGAAGAAGAGAAGAAAAGACGACAAGCUCCGGCAGAAGGAGCUAGAAGCUAGCGGCAAACACAGACCUAGGGGGAAGUUCUUUAAAGUAUUAGGGUACAUAUGGAGGCACACGUUCGCUCGGCUGGGCGAGGACUGGGUGUUCCUCGCGCUGCUGGGUAUCAUCAUGGCGAUUGUCAACUUCGCCAUGGACCGGGGGAUCGCGGUCUGUCAGAAUGCUCGCAUGUGGAUGUACAACGACCUAGCGACGUCUACGUUCAGUCAGUACGUAGCGUGGGUGUCGCUGCCAGUCUGCCUCAUACUCUUCGCGGCUGGCUUCGUGCACAUCGUGGCUGCCCAGAGCAUAGGUUCAGGUAUACCUGAAAUGAAGACAAUUCUCCGAGGAGUACAUCUGAAAGAAUACUUGACGUAUAGAGCGAUGAUAUCGAAGAUCGUCGGUCUCACUGCCACACUGGGGUCCGGUCUACCGCUGGGUAAAGAGGGCCCAUCAGUCCACAUAGCAUCAAUGGUAGCAACUCUCCUCUCGAAGCUGGUGACGACCUUCCAAGGCAUCUACAGCAACGAGUCUAGGACCAGUGAAAUGUUAGCCGCCGCCUGCGCUGUGGGCGUGGCUUCUUGUUUCGCAGCCCCAGUCGGAGGAGUGCUGUUUUCAAUAGAAGUAACGACGACGUACUUCGCCGUACGAAAUUAUUGGCGCGGAUUCUUCGCUGCGUGCUGUAGUGCUAUUAUGUUCCGUCUCCUGUCAGUCUGGUCAGGCGCAAUGCCGACAGUGAAGCCCCUGUUCCCGACCAACUUGCCGCAAGACUUCCCCUUCGACCCUCAGGAGUUUGCUGUCUUCGUACUCUUGGGAAUAGUGUCCGGUCUUCUGGCAGCUCUAUGGGUGUUCCUACACAGACAAUAUGUGCUGUUCAUACGAAAUACUAAGUCACUCAGCAAUUUCUUGCAGAAAAAUCGUUUCAUCUACCCUGGGUUCAUAACUCUAGCGGUGAUGUCCAUACUGUUCCCGCCCGGCAUCGGCAAGUAUAUGGCGGCUGAUCUCGGAAACCAGGAACAGGUGCUCUCCCUAUUCUCCAACUUCACGUGGACGGACGAGCUGACGGCCGAGCAGGCGUCGGUAGUGUCGCACUGGCAGACGCCUGAAGUGGAUCAUUUCGGAUGUCUUAUUAUAUACUUCUUUUCUAUUUUCUUCCUAAGCCUGGUGUCGUGCACGCUGCCGGUGCCGGCGGGCAUCUUCGUGCCGGCCUUCAAGAUGGGCGCCUCCCUCGGCCGCUUCACCGGCGAGCUCAUGCACUACUUCUGUCCGCUAGGGGUGGCUUACGGGGGACAUAUACAGAAGAUAUUGCCCGGCGGCUACGCGGUGGUGGGCGCGGCGGCCUUCACGGGCGCCGUCACGCACACCGUGUCCACCAUCGUCAUCGUCAGCGAGAUGACCGGACAGGUAACACAUCUCCUACCAAUAAUGGCGGCGGUGUUAGCUGCCAACGCGACAGCCGCCCUACUGCAGCCAUCCUGCUUCGACAGCAUCAUACUCAUCAAGAAGCUGCCCUAUCUACCUGACCUUCUGUCUUCUGCUAGCCGUAUGUAUGACAUUUGCGUGGAGGACUUCAUGGUGCGUGACGUCAAGUACAUCUGGAACAAGAUGAGCUUCCAGCAGCUCAAGGAUCUGCUCAAGGAGAAUAAAACAAUAAAAAGCUUCCCCCUAGUAGACAGUCCCUCCUCCAUGGUCCUCCUAGGCUCCAUCCACCGCUGGGAGCUGGUGAAGGUGAUCGAGAAGCAGGUGGGCCGCUCGCGCCGCCUGCAGGUGGCGGCGCUGUGGCACCGCCAGGCCGAGCGCAAGAGGCAGCACGACGAGGCCAAGAGGCGCAGGAGACCUUCACGGUUUGAGGUGACGCCAGCGCCGGACAUGCUGCAGGUGCCGGGCGCGGGCGGCAUGACGCGCGGGACAUCGCUCACCACCACCGACCAGGGCGGACUCAUACCUGCUCCAGGCCAACUAUUCCGUCCUAAAUCAAUUCUAAAGAAGACGAACUCGUUCACCCUGACCCGCGGCCUGUCUUCCGGAACUGCUCCAAAUACACCCACCACGCCGCAGCCUUCUGUCUACACCACAGUCACUGGGGCCGAGACCAGGAUCCGAGCAGCGUUCGAAGCGAUCUUCAAGCGUUCCUCUCUGCUGCAAGACGUGGAAGGUGGCCUUCCUGACCAGCUCAGCCCCACUUCACUGCCCAGGAGUCCUUCUAUUAACAAGAAAGUUCAACUGCCCCGCGAGCGAGUAUGCGACAUGUCCCCGGAGGACCAGAAGGCGUGGGAGCUGAUGGAGAUGGCCAAGGAGAUCGACUUCGACAGGAUGCUGCAGAUCGCCAGGAAACGAGAUAUGCACCCCGACGACCCAGAAUAUGAGGACGAGAACCUGUACAUCUGUCACAUUGACCCUGCGCCCUUCCAACUUGUUGAGAGAACUUCCUUGCUCAAGGUACACUCGCUGUUCUCGACACUGGGUGUGAGCAGAGCGUACGUGACGGCUAUCGGACGACUUAUUGGCGUCGUGUCACUCAAAGAGCUCCGCAAAGCAAUAGAAGACGUGAAUUCCGGAGCCCUAACUCUAGCCACCCGCCCCGAGCCGCCCCGGGCCCCGCCCGCUGUACGGGUGCCCGACACCCAGGCUGCACCUCCCAGCGACUCUGAUACUGCCAAACUGACUAUCACUGCUGACGACCAGUGACGAUGGAAUAAAGGAAAUGUAGGAGAAAAAACAUCAAGGAAAGAUGAGUAAAACAUCAAAGAAAAUUUGAGUUUUUUGGUACCAGAAGAAGUCAGAUAAGAUUAGUAGAAAAAUCUGUAGGUAGAAAUUGUGGUAAGAUGCAGAAAAGUAGCAUAUUAUGUAGCCUGAAAAUACUUUGAAGGUGUCAUCAGCGAGAAUAAAACUGUUUAAUCGAAAAUAAUUUUGAAGAAUAACAUCCAAGAUACAGUAUAUUAUGUUGCUGUAAGAAGCAGUUCAAAGCAUAAAGGGCUUAAGCCUAUUUGAAUGUGUUGACUGCAAAGAUCGUCUUUAAAAGUAUUUUCCGCUGCUAAAACAGUCAGUCAUGUGAUUUGAAACGAAACGUAUUAGCUUAAAACUAUAUGUACUAUCGAAAGGACUUCUGUAAAUGAGUUUGAAGUCCUAAAAAUGUUAUUUAAAAACAUCCUAGCUAAAUAAAUAAGACAGACAAAAAACUUUUGAACUAAAGUUUUUAAUACUUUGUUGUAGUUAGAAAAGACAGAUAAUACUAACAAAUGCCAUAAGUAAGGCUAAAAGAUUAUUUAAGAACCCAAGAUUGGGUAUUCCUAAGAAAUUCAAAUGGGAAAAUUCCCAUUAAAGAGUUCUUUUAAGAACUUUGUAGGUAGUGUAGUGUUUAGUAGUAAAUGUUUUACUGCGGAUUGCAAUAUUCGAUCCGUGAUUAAAGAUUGACAUAAUAUAUAUGAAGCUAAUGUUAAAAUUCAAUCUCCAAUAGCAAAACAAUAAAUGGAUCGGUUAUUGUAACCCGUAGUCAGAGAUUGAGAUUUAAAGCCAUGAAUAAAAAAAUAAAGAAAAAAAAGCUGUUCGUCUAUAGUUCCUUGAUAUAGUGAUUUUUGAAAUAAAAAAUAUAUUCGGUGGCUUAUAAACAUCUGUGAUGGACUGAAAGUCGAAAUUAAUAUAUUAGAAAUUGCUCGUCCAAAGAUUAGAAAAAAAUCGAAUGGGAAUUUUCCCAAAACUGAGUUCUUACUCGAAAAAGUCCUUUAAAAAAAGAAUAAAUAGAGAAUUAUUCUCACUAUGCAUAAUCUAAGACUUGUCAAGCGAAGACAUAUCGAUGUGAUUAUUUUACAUUAUUACGUAAAAAGCUAAAUAAUCAAAAAAUCGUCACAAUUACGUAAACUUUUUUGUCGUUAUAAGUAGGUGUAUUUUUGAUAGAUAUUUUUGAUGUAUGUAUAUGGUGCUUCCGAAAAGAGAUUAGUAGUGUACUCUUAUGAAAGAAAUUAGAUAUAAAAAUAUCCUCGCGUACCGUAAGAAUGCGUACAACCGAGCAAUUUUCAAAGUGAGCAAUAUUUAUUAUAGUAUAUAAUUUAAAAUGGUAUUUUAUUAGCGACUGCCAAUUAACGUAAUUUUUCGUAAAGUCGCGUUCGUCGAUCGGUAAAAUUGCUCGCGUGUACGCAUUGUACGCAUUGCUCGGCGGUACGCGUUUCAAUAAAGCAAUAAUACUCUAAGUACAUUGCUUCAAGUUUAGUGCCUUAGAUUUUCGAUAUUUUUUUAUGUACAGGCUGUUGUUUUUUUUUGUUUUCACAUUUUGAAAAAAUAAUCUGUUGAAAGUUAUAAUUUUAUACAAUUUAUUGAAAUGUGGUUUCCUUGUUUUUAUACCGAACAUACAAAGUGUGUAUUUCUGUUAUAGUUUUCUGGCGAAAAUCAUGUGAACAAUAUUUAAUUACAACAUUAUACCUGUGUUUAAACUAUUAACUGUAUUAUAACCUGGCUAGCCUGUACAUUAAACCAAAUUUAGUGAACCCCAAGGCUUGUGAUUGUUCAUUCAUUCCAAAAGUGUUGUUUCUUAGUAUUAAGAGAUAAUUAUAGAUAUAUCUUUAUUCCCUAGGAGUCUUAUACAUUUGUGUCCAGCCUAACAGAUUAUUAGAACACUGGGUUUUUAUUUGAUGAUACAUAAAAGAAACAAAUAUGAUAAAAGUAAAUACUAACCGGGCCGACUAAAACUUUUUGUGUGAUAAUCUAAAAAAUACAUCUUAGAAAAUUACAGUAUUUUUUGACAUAGGAAAUGUAAGAAAAAUGAGGCUAUAAUAGAAUGUGAAACAUCAAAUAAAAACUCAGUAAAAAAAGUGCCAUUUGAAAAAUGAAAAUAGCAAAAAGUGCCAUAGAAUGAUUGGCCGAAUGCUAUUAAUAUUCUUGAGUAUUCACUAUCAUUGUAUCAAAUAUGAGUUCAAACAAAAAUAUCUUAUUUUUGAUAUAAUACAAACUUAUCGAUUUAAAUAUAACGAUAACCGAACACUUAACCAAGUCAUGUUAUGUUGAACUAACACGAUAAAAUAUCGAUUCAAAUUAAUCGAUAAAAAAACUAUUCAAUUCGACAACUCAAAUAUUUAUGUAUCGAUAUUAUUCGCACAACGAUUUUUCUAUUGAUCUAUGAUAGUGAAUAUCCUUCCCUCACUCAAUACCAAUGUCUCGUAUAUUUGUAAUGAAAUAAAUAAUAAUAAAUGGUUGUAAACAAACAUAUCUAGUACGUCCGUCCUAAGGAUUUAAUAAAAAAAAAACUAAAAUGAUGUAAAAAAAAAGUAUUUUUUGAAGAGACAUUAUUAUAGAACUUUGCAACUGCUAAUGAUUGCUACGAACAAUUUUUUAGAGGAAUUAUAUUAAUCCAUUUUGAACCUUUCCUGUCAUAUAGGGCUCAUUUUGUCAAUUUUGUAACACAUUGAUUACAUUGAUAAACGAAAAUAUGAUGAAAAUAAACAUAUGACGUAUUAAUACAUAGAACCAUGAAAUAUCUCUACAUAUAUUAGACGGUGGAAUUUUGUAACUCAGUUCACACCGCGUCUAAAAAAUGAAAAAACAUGAGCAUUAUAUUAAUACCAGUACCAACUAAUCAAUGAAUUGUAAGCCUAUUACCCACAUUUGCGUGGUGCAGUCAAGUUAAAAACAUUACUAUGAUAUUAAUUUAAAAAGCAAAAGCUUAAAAAAAACAAUCGGUAGCAGUUGCAAGUUAGUUAGUAGACUCCAUAACAUUUGGACAUGCUUGUAUCCUCAAAUUCUGUGAUUUUUAUAAUUAUUAUUAUUUAAUAUAAUAUACAAGAAAUCGAGAGUGUUGUCUGGUCACCCUCUUUAUUUAAUUUAUGUUUAUUUUCUGAUCUGGUCAAUGAUUUUGGUAAAGGUAAAAAAUAUUAUAUCUGUGAAAAUUAUAUUUGUAUCUUUUCCAAUUUUCACGUAAAAGACUGGUUAAACCUGUCUACUACAAAAUUUUAUUACAGUUAUGAACUAAUCUAGUAGUAACUCCUUAUCUAAAAGAGUUGUUAAAUAGUCCAUAAAACCUUUUGUGCCUUAUAUUGAUAUUAAGUUUUCCACAAUUUUUAAAGUAACUGAUUGCUGUCUACUAAUAUUAAAUGUUAGCAAAAAUAUGUAGCGGAGUCGACGCCUGAUUCCAUAAUUUACAUUGAAGAUGAUUUUUUUUACCAAAAUCCUUAACCAGAUCAGAAUAAAGUUAUAAAAGUAUUUUACAAUGUGAAGUGUAGCUUGCAUAUGUGUAGUAUUAAGCAAUAAUUUAUAGACCCCGCCCAACGGGCUUUAGUGUAAACAUGCAUUUCUUUUGUGAUCUGUUGCUAUGGUAACUAUUAAACGUGUUUCGUGUCGUUAACUAAA